AUGUCUCCCGAACAAACCGCCGCAUACCUCGCCCGCUUCCGCGACCGCAUCGCCACCAUCCGCCAAAACGUAACUGUCGUCUCCCUCAAAGGCAAGUUCACAAACCCCAUCCGCCGCAGAGAUAGUGUAGGUCGCCAGGGAGAGAAUGCUCGUACGGCACUUUCUGCGUCGCUGGGGCUUUAUUAUACUGGCGUGGACAAGUCAGAAGAGGACUUACGGGAUCUGAGUCCUGUGGGGUGGGAGGGGGGAGAUGGGGAUGGGGAUGGGGAUGGUAGUGGUGAGGACGAGGAUGGGGAUGGAAGAUCUGAUAGCAUGGAACCCCUCCGCCACCGAGAUCGCGACUCAAGCAGCAGGGAGGACAUCACCAACGCGUCGUGGGACGCGCAAUGGGAGUUAGAUAUGGACCGGGAAGAAGAGCGGUUGAUGCGUUCGGAGCACCGGAUUGCGGAAGAGAGAGUUGGGAGAAAGAAGGGCCGCGAGUUGCAGAGUAUGCUAAGGGGUCUGGGGGCUGAGGAGUGGAAUGGGGGAGGGGCAGAUGAAGAAGCGCAGAACGAGGAAGCGCAAGACGAGGAAGCGCAGAACGAAGAAGCGCAAGACGAGGAAGCGCAGAACGAAGAAGCGCAAGACGAAGAAGCACCCCACACUGCUACCCAAGACGCCGAAAGCGAAGACGAAGAACCACCCUAUCCCGCCAGCCAAGGAAACGAAUCCUCCAUCUCCCUCCCCUCAAACCCCUACCCCGAAGACGACUUCCUCCUCCCUCUAACCCGGCAACCCGCGCGAACCACACCUCCCCCGCCCUUCCCCUCCCCUCCCAACCUAAUCAUACACCCAAACUCCUCACCGGGACUAUCGAUUCCAUCACCCGGACUAUCGAUACCAUCGAACCCUUACCCAGAAGACGCACCGUCCUCACCAACCUCCUUCUCCCAGCCCCCUCAACCUCAACCACAAGCACCACCACCACCCCGACCCACACAAUCCCCCUCCCCAUACUACCGCGCCUAUGAUGCAGAGAGGGUGUUUGGGUCUGUAGGGGAGAGUUAUGAGGGUGGUGGAGGUGAGGGCGGAGAACGGGAGGAUGAGGUUAGGCGGCGGUAUUUGAACGCUUUGAGUGGUGAAGAGAGAAGGAUGGCGGAGCAGGAAGAAGACGAGGAGUUCGCCAUGAGGACUUCCUCUGGGGAAACCAACGCAGGGAGGAAGAACAUGAUGAACCGGCUCCUAAGCACCUUUGCAUGUCGACCCGGAACCGUCACACCACUACACACCACCACCAUCCCCAUACCAAACGACACAAACACACCCACCACCCCCGCCGUACCCACAACCCCAAAGAAAUACACCAUAGCCUACCUCUCCCACAAGAUACAUCGAACCCAAAAAAGAGAAGAAGAAGCAAAACUCCGAGAACGCCUCAUGGCCCUCCGCCUAGCCGAACCAUCUGCGCCGCAAACCCACCACAUCGAAGACACCAAAGACAUCAGCAACUUCACAGAAAUCCCCGUUCUCGUCCCCAAACCCAAAGCGAAGAGGCGAAAAGACAGCACGCAACCCAACCCACCUUCUCUUGUCCCAAACCUAGAAAGCCGGACGCAGAGUGUUAUUGGUCCGCCGGUUGGGCUUUCGCAGAUGAUUCAGAGGGCGCCGGGGAGUGUUAGGGUGAAGUUGAAGAGGUUGAAGGAGUUGAGGAGAGUGGGCAGAGAGGACCAAGACAAGAGCACUCAGGUUCAAGUCUCAGCGACCGAUUGCGGCAAACGCAACUUGAAGAUUUACCUCUGCAACAGGAUGCAGCAAGGGAGAUACGGGAUUUGA